AUGAAUCAGACGGAAUUGAAGGAAUUCGAUGUCAUUCGGGUGGCCAGAAGCGAUGGCCUGGAUACUGGACCUGGAUACUGGCCGACAACAGCACCAACCACCACCAGUGCAAUUAAGAAGACAAAGGAUGCGGCUGUCUCGGAGAAAACACCAAGAACGAAGCCACAGAUGAUUCGCUUGACCGAGGACGACCCAAGAUUUACGGAGUGGAAGGUUAAGCUCGGUAUUCUCCUCAAGCAAGAACUAUGCCCGAAUCCUGAUGAGGGGAACUCGUGGCUGGUAAAUUUCCCACGAGGUUAUUGGCUCUACGAGAAGUCAAAGCAUCUCUGGGUUUCAGGAUAUCCAAUUAAGGCGAAGCUGUUCAAAAGCCCCCAGGAGUUUGCUGUCCAUUUGAUAUGGCUCCUCUCGACAUCGAUGGACUAUCGAGACUGUUGUUGUGCUCAUUGCAACGCUUCCAACAUGAUCAAAGGAGGAGUCAAUGCUGACGACGGCCUGGUCAUCACUCACGAACCCUCCAAGGUCGACAAGAUGCCGACCAAAGUAACGCCUGUUCCUUUACCCCCAAUGCCUGGGCAAGGGCCUCAGAAGGCCAAUAAUGUUGUGCCUCGACCAACGUCUACACAGUCUACGCCGGCUCACACUGCACAAAACUCCCCAGCUCCAACGCCGAUCUCUACUACUGCAACUCCUGUGCAGCAAGUCCAACAACCGCCCCCGAUUAGACCUCAGGAACAAGUAAUUCAGCCGCAGCCGCAGUCAUACCCACAGCCUCAACCGCAACAACAACAACCACCCCAAACUCAACCACAGCAGCCACAGCCACAACCGCAACCGCAACCGCAGCCGCAAUUACAACAGCUACAACCCCAACCACAGGCACAACAGCAAAUUCAACAACAAGCUCCUCUCGCUCAAGCGUCACCUCAGCCUAUCCAAUGGGCACUCAAAUCAGCUGUUUUGUUCCGAUCAGGAGAGCUGGUUUGGUACCAAAACGGCAACACAUGGCGACUUGGAGUUAUAGCUUCUUCGACUAAUGGUCAGCAUGAAGUUAUGCCCAUCGGACACGGCAUCGUCCAACAAAGCAAUGUGACAAAAACCGACGGGGAUAUGCGUCCCUUCUACGCCUUCACAGUACCACCUGUUACCCUCCCUGAGCUGAAGGAGAAGGAAUAUGACGGGGUUUCGUGGGAGUCACUAUUUCAGGGUGCAGCAGAUGGGAAUAGACGCGAGAUGCUCGCCCUUGACGCCUCCAAGAUGGCAGCUGUCAAGAUUGAUUAUUCGUACUCGCUCUGGUCGAAACUUUCAGAGGACCCAAGGGCUCGGAGCGUGACUUAUUAUGGUUGCUUCUUUGGAGCUGAGCGGGUCGAGAUUGGCGACGCAAUGCGGCUCAGAUCACUCCCGGCCGACCUCAACGUUCCGGCCGAGACGGGCGUAUUGGGCUUGCGGUUCAUCUUUACCAUGAAAGAAUUCCCUGGCGCCGUCUUCUUCCGUGGCCACCUUUACCAGCUCGUAUCUGAAGAUCAACCAAACAUUGUCAGGGAUGAACACCUUCCCAUUGCGAUGCGGAGCGAGAGCCAGUGGCGCCAUUCAGUCGGGGCACAUCGCUGGCGCUACGCACUGGUUAAAGAGAAUGUCGUGUUCAAGGAGCAGUCGAUUAGAGGUCGAUUCUACCCGACGCACCGUCUCAUGCCCAUCCUCAACCCGGCCGAGUUCCAGAGCUCGGUUGCCCAGCGCCGGGUGGAUGACCAGUACGCCCACCUGAACAAUCGUAUGGAUGGCACGGGAAGAUACCUUGGCCGGAAGAUAAACCGGCUCGAUACCCUUGGAGCGUCGGUGGCCCAUUCGGCUAGGAUUAGUCUGGAGCCGUUCAUUAGAGAGGGAGACCAACCUGUAGAGUGA